UGCAGUUGCAAUUGUAGCAUGGGCAAGGACGCGAAGCAGCGGUCGGGCGGCAAGCCGCGGGCAGGCGACGGCGGCAAGGGCCGUGGCAAGAGCAUGAAGGCGGCGGCGGCGCCGGAAGAGGACGCUCCCAAGAUCCUGCGCAAGAACCCGUCGGGCAUCAAGAACAAGAUCAAGCGCCAGCAAGUCAUGCAGCUCUACAAGAAGGAGAAGAAGACGAUGAAGAAGGAGGCGCAGGCCGCGCGCAAGAAGGAAGCCGAGGAACUCGGCGACAAGGCGCCGGCCAAGCAGGUGCCCCGUACGAUCGAUAACGCGCGUGAGGCCGAAGUCACCAUGAUUGGCGGCGACGACGACGAGAUCGCGGCCGACGACCAGGACGACGAGUUUGCGCGCAUCUUUGGCAACGAAGAGACGCCCAAGCUCAUGAUCACGACGCGGCCGUUCCCGUCCGGUGACAUGUACCCGUUCGUGCAGAACCUCAUGGAGUUCAUCCCGAAUUCGUUCUACUACGACCGCAAGACGUACGACAUCAAGGACAUUUGCCGCUUCGCCGGCAACAAGGCCUUUACGCACGUGUGCAUUCUCUCUGAGAAGGAGAAGAAGGUGAACGGCAUGGUCGUGAGCCGCCUUCCGCAUGGCCCGACGGCGUUUUUCAAAAUCUCCAACGUCGUCCUCAACAACAAGAUUCAAAACAAGGCCAAGCGCACGAGCCACCAGCCGGAGCUGAUUCUGAACAACUUCAACACGCGCCUCGGUCACCGCAUUGGUCGCUUCCUUGGCUCGUUCUUCGAGCACAAGCCCGACUUCAAGGGUCGCCAGGUCGUAACGUUCCACAACCAGCGCGAUUUCAUUUUUGUGCGCCAGCACCGCUACAUUUUCGAGAACGGCAAGAAGGCCCGGCUACAGGAGAUUGGGCCGCGCUUCACGAUGAAGUUGCGCUGGCUCCAGGAAGGCACGUUCGACACCAAGUACGGCGAGUACGAGUGGAUUCACAAGCAGCACGCGAUGGACACGUCGCGCCGAAAGUUCCACUUGUAAGCACGUCCAUUGUCGCUGCCCUUCUCUCGUUUCUUUUACCACUUACCAAUAUAAUCACAUUUAUUGCUUGCUA